AUGGGCUCGUUCGGCCCGCACGAGGACUGGCUCUUCUACCGCGCCUCGCAGUACGCGCGCGACCGCUCCAUACCCAGAGUGAGUACUGCUUGUGCUGCUGCCAACGACCUCACGCACUACAUGGGCUCGUUCGGCCCGCACGAGGACUGGCUCUUCUACCGCGCCUCGCAGUACGCGCGCGACCGCUCCAUACCCAGAGUGAGUACUGCUUGUGCUGCUGCCAACGACCUCACGCACUACAUGGGCUCGUUCGGCCCGCACGAGGACUGGCUCUUCUACCGUGCCUCGCAGUACGCGCGCGACCGCUCCAUACCCAGAGUGAGUACUGCUUGUGCUGCUGCCAACGACCUCACGCACUACAUGGGCUCGUUCGGCCCGCACGAGGACUGGCUCUUCUACCGCGCCUCGCAGUACGCGCGCGACCGCUCCAUACCCAGAGUGAGUACUGCUUGUGCUGCUGCCAACGACCUCGCGCACUACAUGGGCUCGUUCGGCCCGCACGAGGACUGGUUCUUCUACCGCGCCUCGCAGUACGCGCGCGACCGCUCCAUACUCAGAGUGAGUACUGCUUGUGCUGCUGCCAACGACCUCACGCACUACAUGGGCUCGUUCGGCCCGCACGAGGACUGGCUCUUCUACCGCGCCUCGCAGUACGCGCGCGACCGCUCCAUACCCAGAUACGCGCGCGACCGCUCCAUACCCAGAGUGAGUACUGCUUGUGCUGCUGCCAACGACCUCACGCACUACAUGGGCUCGUUCGGCCCGCACGAGGACUGGCUCUUCUACCGCGCCUCGCAGUACGCGCGCGACCGCUCCAUACCCAGAGUGAGUACUGCUUGUGCUGCUGCCAACGACCUCACGCACUACAUGGGCUCGUUCGGCCCGCACGAGGACUGGCUCUUCUACCGCGCCUCGCAGUACGCGCGCGACCGCUCCAUACCCAGAGUGAGUACUGCUUGUGCUGCUGCCAACGACCUCACGCACUACAUGGGCUCGUUCGGCCCGCACGAGGACUGGCUCUUCUACCGUGCCUCGCAGUACGCGCGCGACCGCUCCAUACCCAGAGUGAGUACUGCUUGUGCUGCUGCCAACGACCUCACGCACUACAUGGGCUCGUUCGGCCCGCACGAGGACUGGCUCUUCUACCGCGCCUCGCAGUACGCGCGCGACCGCUCCAUACUCAGAGUGAGUACUGCUUGUGCUGCUGCCAACGACCUCACGCACUACAUGGGCUCGUUCGGCCCGCACGAGGACUGGCUCUUCUACCGCGCCUCGCAGUACGCGCGCGACCGCUCCAUACCUAGAAUAUACGUGAGCGUGAACUCGGGCGCGCGUAUCGGCGUGGCGGAAGAAGUCAAGUCCGAGUUCAACGUCGCCUGGAUCGACGCCGAGAGACCAGAACGCGGCUUCAAAUACCUCUACUUGACACCGGAGGCGUAUUCGCGCCUCGGCCCGCUCGGCUCUGUCAAAACGGAACUCAUCGAUGACGAGGGCGAAUCGCGCUACAAGAUCACUGACAUCAUUGGCAAAGAGGACGGUCUGGGCGUGGAGUGCUUGCGCGACGCCGGGCUGAUAGCCGGCGAGACUGCGCAGGCCUACGAGGACAUCGUCACCAUCUCCAUCGUCACCUGCAGAGCCAUCGGCAUCGGAUCCUACGUUGUCAGGCUAGGGCACCGCGUGGUCCAGGUGGAAUCGUCGUACAUAAUCCUGACGGGGUACGCGGCGCUGAACAAGGUGUUGGGUCGCGCAGUGUACGCCAGCAACAACCAGCUGGGCGGCGUGCAGAUCAUGCAUAACAACGGCGUGUCGCACGCAGUGGCGCCCACAGACCUGGAAGCAGUCAGGACCGCGUUGCGCUGGCUCUCCUACGUGCCCAAGGACAAAUUUAGCAUGGUGCCCAUCAUGCGUUGCGUGGAUCCAAUCGAUCGCCCAGUAGAAUGGGUGCCACCAAAAGCGGCCCACGAUCCUCGGCUGAUGCUGACUGGCGAUAGCCAGCGUCCAGGAUUCUUCGAUGCUGGAUCCUUCGAUGAGAUCAUGAAGCCCUGGGCGCAAACUGUAAUCACAGGUCGAGCUCGACUGGGUGGUAUACCAGUGGGAGUCAUAGCGGUUGAGACCAGGACGGUAGAGAUUACACUGCCAGCGGAUCCCGCCAAUUUGGACUCUGAAUCCAAGACUCUGCAGCAAGCUGGACAGGUCUGGUUCCCUGACUCAGCAUACAAGACGUCGCAAGCUAUAAACGACUUCUCACGCGAGAACCUGCCCAUUAUCAUUUUCGCAAACUGGCGAGGAUUCAGUGGCGGUCAGAAGGACAUGUACGAGCAGAUCCUGAAGUUUGGUGCGGAGAUUGUACGCGCGCUGCGUGGAGCCACGGCGCCCGUGCUCGUGUACGUGCCGCCCGGCGCAGAGCUGCGCGGCGGCGCCUGGGCCGUCGUCGACCCCAGCGUCAAUGCGCAGCGCAUGGAGAUGUACGCCGACCCCGACGCCAGGUGCGACACCAAUCCACACUCGUUCACUCACGCACUCUCACACUGUGCGACACCAACCCACACUCGUUCACUCACGCACUCUCACACUGCUUGUGCACACGUGCUUGUGUACGUGCCGCCCGGCGCAGAGCUGCGCGGCGGUGCCUGGGCCGUCGUCGACCUCAGUGUCAACGCGCAGCGCAUGGAGAUGUACGCCGACCCCGACGCCAGGGGUGGUGUGUUGGAGGCGGAAGGCAUAGUGGAGGUUAAGUUUAAGCAACGGGACAUACUGAAGACAAUGCACCGGUUGGACCCGGAGCUGUUACGGUUAAGUGCUCGAAUCUCAGAAAUUAAAGAUCAAAUUAAAGAAAUAUCUAAAGGCUUUGAUAGGAGAGGUUCCAUUGACGACGUGCUCGUCCGAACUGAUGCUGGAAAUCAAGCGGAAUCUCGAGUCCGGGAGCUGGAGACGGAGUUAAUUGCAGCGGAGAAGACUGUGAAAGCCCGGGAGAAGGAGUUGAGUCCUAUAUACCAUGAAAUUGCUGUUCAAUUCGCAGAGCUACAUGAUACAGCAGAAAGAAUGCUUGAGAAGGGCUGUAUAUUUGACAUAAUCCCGUGGCGCGAUUCGCGGCGGCUGCUGCACUGGCGGCUGCUGCGGCUUCUGCGGCAGAACGCGCAGGAGCGGCGCGUGCAGGCGGCCGGGCGGCCCGCUGCCCAUAUGGACCAGGGUGCUGCCGCAGCCACGCUGCGCCGCUGGUUCACCGAGGACCGCGGCGAGACGCAGUCCCACCAGUGGGAAAAUGACAACGAGGCCGUAUGCCGCUGGCUAGAGUCGCAGGCGGGCGACGAGAACUCCGUGCUGGAGAGGAACCUACGCGCCAUCAAGCAGGACGCCGUGCUGCAAGCCUGCAACAACCUCGUCAUGGAACUCACCCCAUCUCAACGGGCCGAAUUCGUACGAAAACUCACAGCUUUAGAAAUGGAACAAUAG